AAACAUCUCUCCCAUUCUAUUGGGUCCGCUUAUUUAUCAUGUAAUGGAAGGGAGCCGCGUUUGUUUAACGUAAAUCGUACGCGCGCUAGUUUUAAACUAAUUGUAAAAUGAUGUAAAACGUAAAUAUACUGUCGUACGCGAAAAUGAACGGGAAAAUCGCCGCAACUAUCACCUCAGAGGACAGUUUUCGUCCCGAACUUCUUAAUCCAUUCGUUCAUCAUUUGGAAUUAGGAACGACCUAUGAAAAAAUCAAAACUGGUCUCUUUACGAUUCUUCUGUUGCCGGUCAGGGUCGUCAUAAUAUGCUCGCUUUUAAUCGCCGGAUGGAUGAUAGCGAUCGUUGGCUUAUGGGGGUUGACUGAAGAUGACCUCCGAGAGAAACCAGUUACGGGAUGGAGAAGCUCUGUGAGACACGUAGCCUGCCGAUUAACCCUCUUGAUGUUUACGGUUGGAGGAUUUCGAUUAAAAGUUGUUGGAGUGCGAGCAACGCGCGCCGAGGCUCCCGUAGUGGCACUUGCUCCCCAUUCUUCCUUCAUCGAUUCAAUUUGUAUGGUCUAUAUGGGAGCACCGUCGAUUGUUGCUAAAGCGGAAACGGCAAAUAUUCCUUUCUUUGGGAAGCUAAUUAAUUUUACCCAACCUGUUUAUGUGUGGAGAGACGAUCCAGAUUCUAGACACAACACGAUCAAGGAAAUCAUAAGUAGGGCGACCUCCGACUUGGAUUGGCCCCAGAUACUCAUCUUUCCAGAGGGGACGUGCACGAAUCGAUCUUGCUUGAUCACGUUUAAGCCUGGCGCAUUUUACCCGGGCGUGCCCAUUCAGCCGGUCUGCAUCAGGUACCCGAACAAGCUCGAUACGGUGACGUGGACUUGGGAAGGUCCGAGCGCAUUGAAACUGCUAUGGCUAACUCUGACCCAAGUCUACAGCUACUGCGAAAUCGAAUUCCUGCCAGUUUACACUCCGAGCGAGGCGGAAAAGCGGGAUCCCAAACUAUUUGCGAACAACGUACGAAACGUGAUGGCCAAAGCGCUGGGUGUACCAGUCUUGGACUACACGUACGACGACUGCAGGCUGAUGACACGUGCCAAAGAAAUGAACUUGCCCCACGCAAACUCUCUGGUUGAAAUACAGAAGUUACGCAGGCGCUUGGGAUUGGACCAAUCGAACAUUGAAGAAAAAUUACUAGAGGUGGCAGUCGACAACAAAAACUUCAGAAGAACCACACUGGCAAUGUUCGCCAACUACUUAAAUCUGCCCUCGACCAGUCCUGCGGUGCAUCAGCUCUUUCGAUACCUAGACACUGACGCAUCGGGAGUAAUUGACUUUAGGGAGUAUCUUUUAGGAGUACUAGCAACGUGCAAAAAGAGAAACGUCCUAGAAACCAUAAAAAUAGCAUGUAGGAUCUAUGAUAGGGAUGGAGUAGGAAGAUUGUCGCUUGACGACUUCGCAAAAGUAUUAAAUCAGACGCUGGCAAUGAGGGUGAACGAAGCCGUCGACGUUUUCCACCAAAUUGACAGACGAGGUUUAAAUUAUGUUACAUUUGAAAAUUUUAAGUCCUACGCCGAAAAGAAGGCGGAGUUCGCGUCACUCUUUAGCAUAAGUAAGGAAGAAAAAUUCAAGUCCAAAAAUGGAGAUUUAUGUCCGGAGUAUGAGAAAAAAGUUGAAUAAUCGCCCUUCACUUUCCAUUACAUUGACCAUUACA